ACUUUCGUUUUCACAAUUUGCCAACAUUGAUAACUUGAUGGCUGUAAAACAGGAAAGGAAAAAACCAGCGGAUGUGUGCUGUGAAAACAGGCUACACUGCCAACAUUGUUCUCUUACAAUAGAAAACCAAAAUGAGGAGCUCGUAGAGCACAUUCCCCUCUGCGAACGCCUUCGGACUAAAUGUUUGAUCAUCUUCUCGACAACAUUUGAUUUCUAAAAAUCUAGCUGGGAAUAAUGUUUUCCUAUUUUAUUUUUCUGGUCGCCUCCUCAGUUACUUUUCUGCGUACCCACCAAGUGUCCAGUCAAGGUUCUAGCUGCACAGAGUAUCCUGUGUUCACUCCAUCUGCGCUGGUAGUGAAGUACGGUGACCCAGCCAAUGUUACAUGUGUUGUAUGUCAGAAGGACUGCAGUGGAGAUGCUUCAGGUUUGGAGCACGCUGUGGGAAAUGUUACACAAAAUGGAACCACGAUGUUCUGGACGGUUGACAGACUGACUGAAUGGGGCAUAUCUCUACAGUGCUAUUAUACCAAUGAUGCUGGUGUUCAGUGUAUUAGCGUUCUGAAUCCAACUCUUUAUCAGCCUCCAGAAAGUGUCUCUAUCAGCUUUGUAAACCACACUGAGAUGAUGUUUGAGAAUCAGCAGUACACCCUGCAGUGUAGCGUACAGAACGUAGCUCCUGUUCAAAGCCUCACUGUGACCUUCUACAGAGGAAACACAGCACUGGGUCACCUACUGUCCGACAGUGAACAGAAGAAACCAGUGAAUGAGACCUUCACUCUGAACAUCACCCCCAGUAGAGAAGAUGAUGGAGCCCAGUACUGGUGCGAAGCCAAGCUGGAGCUGAGACCAGCUGGACCACAGCCCCCUCCAGUGGUGACAUCAGAAAAACUCAAUGCUACAGUCUAUUUUACUACCACAACCAGAAAGCCAGAACCUACAACCAUUAAAUCAACAACAAGGUCAACCACAAGAGCCACAACACCCCAAACUACAAAGUCCACAACUACAACCACCAAAUCAACUACAAGCUCAGCCACAACGACAGCAGCGACCAAGACAGCAGUAAUUGCACAAGCAAUCACUACACCACAGAGCAGCUCCAACAGAAUAUUAACUCACAGCUUCAUGUGUUUAACGCUUCUGCUCUCUGCUCUCAUCUGAUUUCAUAUCAAAAGAUUCCAUAAGCCUAUUAUAACAAUGAAUGUAAUUAGAUCAUAGCAAAUACUUCAUUCAUUUUCUGUAUAGCUUCUUAGUUUUAAAGACAGUGAGUGAGCAGUAUUUAAAUGAGUUGUUGUUCUAUAUAUGCACACAUAUAACGAACCAAGGUGAGUAGUUAGAGUUGCUUUCUUUUAUUUAGACCAUUAGAGUCGUUUACAGCUGUGCUAGAAACACCAACAAGCUGAUGUUUCUCAGCUUGUAGUGUCGCUCUGGGAUGUCGUCCUCAUUUUAAUUCAUUAGAAAUUAAACACCUUCAUUUUCCUAUAAAUAAGAACACGUCCAUUCUGACAGUGUUCACAUUUAUAAUCUAUUUGUUUUACAAACAAAUGAGGAGCAGCAGAAAUAUAAGUUCAAUCUCAUAAUAUUGUCUUUAUUUUUCCCUUUGUGCACAUUCUCUCAGUCGACUUUAAUCUCCGGCAUGAUCGCAGGAGGAAAAGUAAUACUUUACUCUAAGAAUUUAGUACAUUUAGAUAUUUAAUCAUAAAUAACACUGCAGGGAAAUGUUUUCAUUUGAGCUGUCGAUGGUCUUUGAUGAGGUCACAGCAUUACCAAAGUUGCAACAAAUCAUUUCUGCCAGAGAAAAGUCGGGAUCAGUCUGUGCAUUAGUCCUGCGAGGAUCAUGAAUGCCAAACUGGUGACCAAACAGUCCGACAUUGGACCCAUGUACCACAGUGCUGAUUUGUAUAUAAAUGCACAUUAUACAUUUUGUUUUGCGUUAAUGCUUUAUUCACUGACAGCCACUAUAACAGAUCUUCCUGUAGUUACAAUAACACCAGUUUUAGCUUCCUUCUAUAUAAUGAAACAUAUGAUCUGAGAAUGGCUUUAAUCACAGAAUUCUGUUUUAUGUGUGUAUAAUGAUUUUUCUAUGUAUGUACACCAAAUAUGAACCAAAAUAAAGUUGUUGAUUUUUUAAUGUAAACAA